GAAAUCGCUAACUAUCAGUGUAACUUCAUUCGGCAUUGACGCGGCACGAUGUACGGCAUUUUACUAAUAUUAGCAUUAGUUAUAAUUAUCGCACUCGUCGUCGGUAUACACCAAAAGAACACGAACGCAGUAUGUCUCUCCAGAAGAAGGUUAGAAGGAAAAACUAUAAUAGUCACAGGUGGAACUGCAGGCAUGGGCCUUGAGAUGGCAGUAGAUUUCGCCAACCGCGGGGCCAAGGUCAUCAUAGCCUGCCCUUUUGAAGACGAGGGCAAAAACGCAAGGAACCUCAUCAUACAACAAACAGAAAAUCAGAAUAUUGUGUUCAAAUUAUUGAACCUUGCAUCCUUAAAGUCUGUGCGACAGUUCGCCGCAGAUAUCCUGAGAUCCGAAGACCGUUUGGACGUUUUAAUAAACAACGCUGGAGUGGGAGCACCCAGAGAUAAGUUGACUCAAGAUGGACUGAACUUCAUCAUGCAAGUCAAUUACUACGGGGCCUUUUUAUUGACACUUUUACUUCUACCCCUGCUCAUAAAGACGGGGAAGCCUGGUGAACGGAGCAGGAUACUAUUGACUACAUCAGUGCUUCAUAGAAUUGGACAAAUGGACUUUGAAAAUAUGAACAAGACUGACUACUGGUACAAGAUACAGAUCUAUGGCAACAGCAAGCUGUGCCUCAUACCUUUCGCUUCUGAAUUAUCGAAAAGAUUAGAAGGCACCAAUGUUGUUGUGAAUAAUGUUGAUCCUGGAGCAGUCGGCACGAGAAUAUUUGACUCUGGGAGCAAAGUGUUAGGAUUUUUCCUGAGAAAUAUUAUAAUCAAUUUAUUCAAGACUCCAUGGCAAGGAGCUCAGACGGCGUUGUAUGCUGCUCUGGAUAAAAAAGCUGGUGAAGUGAGUGGAGCGUACUUCCGUAACUGCGGCCUAGCUAGAGCUGUGAACAGGGCGUAUUGUGAAAAAACUGCUAAAAUUCUAUGGGAAGAAUCCGUGAGAUUAGUGCAAUUGACAAAUGAAGAAGUGGAACAGUGUUUUAAGUCGCUAUAAAUCUGAGUUUAUGUACAGUAUUAUUACAUGUGAGUGAAUCCAAACGUGAAAUUAUUGGCAGACAGAUCACCUGAUGGUAAGCAAUCAGCGCCGUGCAUGGACGCACACAUCAGACAUUAUUAUAAAACGUGCGUUGCUAUUUUUUUAUGGGAGAUUUGGGCCUCCGGCUGUUACUACCUUAUUUAGAGACAUUUGCGACUAAACUUGAGCCCGACAUCGACCUUGCUUAAGGCUCGACGAACGAUACAGUGACAAAUAAUUAAGUUAAUUUAAGUGAGUACUUACAAAGCUAAAAGUUUUGUGAUAAUUGAGAAAGUAUUUUUAGAUUCUAGAAUGGAAUAAAUGACUAAGAGUAAA